AUGGCACCCUCAUUCGACCCCUUCAACCAAAGCGUGGUCUUCCACAAGGCCGACGGAACUCCAUUCAACGUCUCAAUCCAUGAACUAGACGACUUCGUGCAGUACAAUACCAAAGUCUGCAUCAACUACUCUUCCCAGCUCGGAGCAUCUGUCAUUGCAGGACUCAUGCUUGCCAUGCUGACACACUCAGAAAAGCGUCGUCUGCCAGUUUUCUUCCUAAACACAUUCGCACUGGCCAUGAACUUUGCCCGCCUGCUCUGCAUGACCAUCUACUUCACCACGGGCUUCAACAAGUCCUAUGCCUACUUUGGUCAGGAUUACUCCCAAGUGCCUGGGAGCGCCUACGCAGCCUCUGUCUUGGGCGUUGUCUUCACCACUCUCCUGGUAAUCAGCAUGGAAAUGUCCCUCCUGAUCCAAACAAGGGUUGUCUGCACGACCCUUCCGGAUAUCCAACGUCAUCUACUCAUGGCAGUUUCCUCCGCGAUUUCCCUGAUGGCCAUCGGGUUCCGCCUUGGCUUAAUGGUUGAGAACUGCAUUGCCAUUGUGCAGGCGUCGAAUUUCGCCCCUUUUAUCUGGCUUCAAAGCGCCUCGAACAUCACCAUUACGAUCAGCACAUGUUUCUUCAGUGCCGUCUUUGUUACGAAAUUGGCAUAUGCACUCGUCACUCGUAUACGACUAGGCUUGACGAGGUUUGGUGCUAUGCAGGUUAUGUUCAUCAUGUCCUGCCAGACUAUGGUGAUUCCAGCCAUCUUCUCAAUUCUCCAAUACCCACUCCCCAAGUACGAAAUGAACUCCAACCUCUUUACGCUGGUGGCCAUUUUCCUCCCUCUUUCCUCGCUAUGGGCUUCAGUUGCUACGAGAUCCAGUUUCGAGACGUCUUCUUCCGGCCGCCAUCAGUAUCUUUGGCCAAGCGAACAGAGCAAUAACGUCACCAAUUCGGAAAUUAAGUAUCAGGUCAGCUUCUCUCAGAACCACACUACGUUGCGGUCUGGAGGGUCUGUGGCCACGACACUCUCCCCGGACCGGCUCGACCCGGUUUAUUGUGAAGUUGAAGCUGGCACAAAGGCCUGA